AGAGAGUGGAGCUGGUUCAAUUCCUCGGAUCUGAAGCACUCUCCAAACUUCCAUUUCCUUUGAAUCUCUCUUCUUCUUCUUCUUCAAUCAUCUGUCAAUCCUCUUCCUUCUGCGAUGGGUAUUCUCGCUGACGGUGGGUCAGCUCCGGAUGCGUCUUUCAGGUUUUUGAUAUACGGCCGGACCGGCUGGAUUGGCGGUUUGCUCGGCAAGCUCUGCGAACAACAGGGAAUCGAUUUUUCUUAUGGGUCCGGUCGCCUCGAGAACCGCGCCUCCCUCGAGGCCGACAUCGCCGCCGUGAAGCCUACCCACGUCUUCAACGCCGCCGGUGUAACCGGCCGCCCCAACGUCGACUGGUGCGAGUCGCAUAAGGUCGAGACCAUUAGAACCAAUGUGGUCGGAACCCUGAGCUUGGCCGAUGUGUGCCGCGAGAGAGGGUUGGUUCUCAUUAAUUACGCCACCGGCUGCAUUUUCGAGUACGAUUCCGCGCACCCUCUCAAUUCCGGGAUCGGCUUCAAGGAGGAAGAAACCCCCAAUUUUAUUGGAUCCUUCUAUUCCAAAACCAAAGCCAUGGUGGAGGAUCUUCUGAAGAACUAUGAGAAUGUGUGCACCUUGCGAGUUCGGAUGCCUAUAUCCUCCGACUUAUCGAACCCUCGCAACUUCAUUACAAAGAUUACCAAAUACGAGAAGGUGGUUGACAUCCCGAACUCGAUGACGAUCUUGGACGAACUCCUCCCGAUCUCGAUCGAGAUGGCAAAAAGAAACCUCACGGGGAUAUGGAACUUCACCAACCCGGGAGUGGUGAGCCACAACGAGAUCUUGGAGAUGUACAAGCAAUUCAUUGACCCCAAUUUCACAUGGAAGAACUUCAAUCUGGAGGAGCAAGCCAAAGUGAUUGUCGCCCCGAGGAGCAACAACGAGCUUGACGCGUCCAAGUUGAAGAACGAAUUCCCCGAACUUAUGUCCAUCAAGGACUCUCUCAUCAAGUAUGUCUUCAAGCCAAAUCAGAAAACUUCUGCAGCUUAAAAUCCUUGGUACUUCUUUUGUAUUUUCCUUUGCCAUUUCAGUUCAUUUGAAUCUUUGGCGAGUUCUCGAAUAUCAGAUACUUUGCCUUCUCCCACCCAACAUAGGAACUUGAUUAUUAUCCAUAUUUGAAUGCCAUAUCUAUUAUUUUGUUCCUAUCAUUAUUGAAUAAAGUAGCUUGAAAAAUGAUGUGGGGCAAUAAUAUAGGCCAUUUUUAGCAGGAUGAAGAAGUGGCAUUUUGGUAUUUGUCGCUUAUUUGGGUAUAAGAUAUUACUGAGAACUUCUGAGCUUCAUCAGUAAUGAAUUCUGUUUUUAAGGUUGAA